AUGGAAACAAGCAACAAGUUUCUUUCACCACCAGUUGGAACAUGCACCAAGUGCGACAAAAUACUGUCCAUGCAUAAUAACCCGUCAACCGCAACAUUGUUCACGUUGGAUGGGCCGAUACUUUGUUCCAAAGUCACACUUGAGUGUAGGAAUUGCGCUAUCCAUUUUGGGCCGAGCAAUUUCAGCGACGAAUGUGGCACUCAUCUUUAUCCAGCAGACAUUGAUGAUAAUACAUUUGUGGAGGUCAGCAACGUGACUUACUUUGACUUGGCUUUGUACCGUUGGAUUCCUUCUCUAAGGUUCAUUCAUUGUUUUGCUUCAAAUUACUUAUUUAACACUUUGUUUUCCUUCAAAUUAUUUUAAAUUUUUUUUUUAUAACAUUUUCUAGCCAUCACUGUUGGGUAUCCUUCAGUGGAUUCUCAGAGGCUUAUAACGAAAUAUACCAAGAGCCAAUCAGCCGAUAUGCUUCGCGCGUAAAAGGUAAAUAAUUAGUACAUUAGUAUUACAGUAUAUUUUUGCAAUUUUCAAAUUUAAACAUGUGCAUUUGUUACUAAAUAAUAAACUCUAAUUUAUCGGCAAAUACUGUGAUAAAAUUGUAAAUUCCGCACCUUUUAUACAAUGAAUCGACGAAACAUGUAUCCCUUUAUGCUACAAAUCAUCAUAUACUGAAACAAAACUUUUUUACUGAUAAAUCUGUAACCGCUACAGAAAAACAGAACAAAAUUACAGUAAAAACACAACAGAAUACAGAAGCGAAAGUGGGACACUUUUUGUAUUUAUCCCUUUAUGCUACAAAUCAUCAUAUACUGAAACAAAACUUUUUUACUGAUAAAUCUGUAACUGCUACAGAAAAACAGAACAAAAUUACAGUAAAAACACAACAGAAUACAGAAGCGAAAGUGGGACACUUUUUGUAUUUUGACUGUAUAUCGACUAUCUAUAAAAUUACAACAACUUGGAGACCUUGGACAAUAGUGACACAAAUAAUUUGCAAGUAGAGGCUAGAUCUAUACCAAGUUAAUUAUAUAAUGUCUGUCUAAAGGCUGGAUCACACUGUCAAUGCGAUUGUAAUAGUGACACAAACAAUUUGCAAGUAGAGGCUAUAGCUCGGGCUAUAGUAUGCGGCACGCAAUAAUUGGCAAAAUUAUCUAUACCAAGUUAUUAUAAUGUCUGUCUAAAGGCUGGUUCACACAAUGCAAUUGCAAUAGUGACACAAACAAUUUGCAAGCAAGUCUUGUCAGCAAGUGGACUACAUUACAUACAUUACAAAAGCAAAAUUGGAUCCGACAAAAUGGAAUUGUGUGAACUAGCCUUGAUGAUUGUUGUUUAUGUUGCUUUACCUAUAUACAGUAUGUGAGUGUAUGUCUAAUAUUUGCCUAUUUGGUUGUUGUUGGGUCUUUAAAUUUGAAAGAAACAGGUGAAGAUGCAGAUUGCAAUGUUGGUAUGUAUGGUAAUAUCUAUUUUUAACAAUAUUUAGAUAAUAGCAAUAAUUGGAUUUCAAUUGCAAUGUUAAAUCUUAGAAUAGAAACCCAUCUGACCAAAUAAAUUUAUUAACAAUUUAAGUGGUAAUGAGCCCCUACUUUAUUAUUUAACUCUGUCUAAUGCCAGACGAUUUUACACGUCAGGGGUUAAUCAGACUAUCUGCCUAAUUAAUGGGUUAAUCAGAUUAUCUGCCUAAUGCACCCUGUUAAUUUGCCUUCAUGUUUUUUUUAUUCUGUCUAAUGCCAGAUGAUUUUACUUAUUGAGGGAAACUUGUGCACACUAAUGGCAUCCAGGCUUAGAUGCCACCCGUCUUUUGAAUGGGCAUUUUUAAAAGUGGACGGGCACUUUAUUAACCAAAAUUCCAAUAUAUUUGGUCUAUUUAAUUUGCUGACAUUUAACAGUCAUUGCAAAUACCAAAGAUAUGCUGACCAUAAGAUACAAGUUCCCAUUUAUGGGUGUAAUAUAUCUGUGAAAUAUUUAGUAUUUUUGGUUAUUUGGUUAUUUAAUUAUUUUAUCUUGUAGGUGUUUUGCCAGGUGAAUUAUCAGCUAAAGUAGUUGCCAAGUGCUUCUGGCACCACGAAGUUGAGCAAGAACUGACUGAAAGAGGUUUGAGGAAGGAAUGGGUUUUUGGUCAGCAACAACAUGACAAGGAACACAGUGGUACCCAUGACAAUGUUAUGGAGUAUGUUGACAAGAAGCGAUGUGAAGAGCUUUAUUUGCACAAUUGUUCCAAUCAUUGCAGUCAGAAGGGUGAGUCUUCUUGCAUUAGUGAGAAAACAUAUACGCUGCUGUAUUAAAAAAGAUAUUGAAUAGCAGUUAUCACAGAGAUUAGGAAAAACCCUGAAAUUCUGAAUCAAAAUUAACUGAGAAAAUCAAUAUUUGAGUGACCAGAUUAAAAAACUGCCGAUUCUUUAAAUUUAACCAGAUGAUGCCCAACCAAAGUCAUUGAGUAUGGAAACCAUUAUCUAUGUUUCACAAAUUAAAUUUAACCUAUUAGGCACUAUCAGUACCAGCACUCUCCCCUUCAAAAACUUCAAAAUUACUGGGCAUUGGAUGCAAUAUUAAAAAGCCUAUGGGUAGUACAUGUAGUCUAUAGGUAUCCUUCUUUAUCAAACUAAAUGGAAGUUAGAAAAUGGUUUAUUGGGCUUCAUGGAAAUACUAGGCUGUUGCGGUAUAUCGAUAUGCUGAUAAUUAUCGUUUUUUUUUAUAAAUACCGAUUACUCGAAAACGACAAACUUGUUUGGCAUAUUAUGCACCUUGGCAUUGCAAGGUGCAUAAUAUGUCAUUUCGCUUGUCGAAAAGUGAACUUUUAGAUGACAUGUAAACAACGGUGGAUUACAAAAUGUUUUAGAAAAAAACAAAAACUAACCUCAUUGGACAUUGUUUAUCUUUGUUUCAAAUUCACAGUUGAAUAACAUGUUUUGAAACAAAUUUCCCGGUCAAAAAUAUCACACAUCGCGGUAAUCAAUGCUAAUAUGCAUUUUCAAUUUCUAAAGCGGAUAUUUCACAGACUACUGAUCACUGGCCUCACAAUUCAUUGAAAAUAUCACACACCCGAUGAGUCAAAGCUGUUAUAUCGUGGCUGUUCGGCAUAAUUUGGAAACAGAAAAUUUUGCAUCCCGAAAAAUACCGAUAUAUCAGUAUUAUCGGUAUUUUUCUUCCGGUAUCGGCUUCGUUUUUUUUCAAAUACCGCAACAGGCCUACAUGGAAACAGGUUGGGUGAAAACUAUAAAAUGAUUGAUUUUUGAAUAAUUGAUAUUUCAUACCAUUUGCAAAUUUUCAUUUGUGUAGGGUGUGGAAAACUUUAUGUGGCUGACGGAAAUUGGAAGUUACGAUAUGCCCACUGUAUGUGGAAGGUCCCAGUUUGUGUGGCUGGUUUUGGGAAAGUCAACUAUCCCAGUAUUUGCCCCCUAUCCCCCAAAAGAGGACAUGCUUUCUGCGAGGCACAUUGUGAAAAGGCGCUGAACAUGGGCUAUGAAUCAGGGUUGAAAGAAUUUUAUCAACGAUGUGGAGUGACUGGUGUUGAUAUCAACCAAGGUAUGCAAACGAUGUUGUGUGUAUUGUGUCAUCUUUAUAAUUAAUUUCUAAUAAUUAAUUUUUUCUUUGUUUUAGCACUGGAUGAAAUGUCAUCACAGCCAUUCUUAUCUGGUAAACUGACCAUUUCCUUUAAUUUAUUUAAUUUAUAAAGAUUUAUUACCUAUGCUUUAUCCCCUAGUCAACACUCAAGUAUUCUCUGCUUGUAAUUUUAGAUUCAUCAUUUAAAGCUGUUUCUUGUAACAUCGACCAAUUUGCUGAUACAGAUCUUGAUGAAAGCUCCCCAAAUGCUUCCACAUUCCAAGGUAGUGUGUUAACAGAUUUAACAGAAUUGUAACUAUAGUUGAGAUGCAUGUACAGGUAUUUAACAGAAUUGUAACUGUAGUUGGGACUUGAGAUGUACAGGUAUUUAACAGAAUUGUAACUGUAGUUGGGACUUGAGAUAUACACGUAUUUAACAGAAUUGUAACUUAUAUAGUUGAGAUGUACAGGUAUGCAGCGACAUAUCACAUGGACUGGUUGUUCAGUUUAAAUCAUCCAAGUCCUGAUUUCCAUUUAGUUGUAACUGUUGUGAACAUAUCAAGGUGACCAAUGUAAUAUAGAGUGUCAAUGUGUUUUUACAGUCUGUAAAAACACUGUAGAUCCAGAUUAUUUCACAUCGUUGAACAUGAUGUGGUCACAACAGUUACAACGAAAUGUAAAGGCUUAAGAAAGGUCAUGCAAAGAAAACUGUUGAGGUGACAGCUGUUCACAGGCCCUUACAGUCAAAGAGAUUGUCAAUAACUCACAGUCAAGAACUUAGUUAAUUAAUUCUUUUGUUAUUAUUAUGUAGGUACAAGCAAUUUCUUGUUAAACAACCCAUCAUUUGUGGAGGAUUGUGGUGUUGAAGAUGAAGUGAAAUGCAACAAAGAUACAGGAGGCUUAAAAUCAUUGCAUUUUUGGUCACGAGGAAUAUUUUUUACAGUGAGCGCUGGUGGCCAUAAAGAAUACUGGCAGCCACUUUACAAGUAAGUUAUUUUUAAGCCUGAAACUAAAAGUUUAUUUAGCCAACUGCCACAAUCUGAUCACAAAAUUUGUUUUCAGAUGCCUAAAUGAGAGCUUUUAAAAAACUUAAUAUGCACUGCAUUAUUAAUGUUCUUUCAUACAUAGGUCAGAAUCGCCUACACAAGCCUGGCUUAUAACCGUUCUCUGGCUUUAUCGAAAAUUUAAAUUGCUGGAAGAUGCAGGAUUCAGUGAAGAGAAAAUUCUUGAUGAAAUGAAAUCAACCGUCCUUGCCUACAACAACAUGUGCCACGUUGAUAAUUUAAGAAUAUCAAGAAAUGAUUUGCCUUUGCCUCGUCCCUAUGAUAAGUUAUGGAAGUGCAUUAAUAAGGUUAUUGAUCGAUUGCACCUAAGAAACCAUGUCGAUCAGAAAUGCCAUAGAGUUUACAACCCGGAUGACAAAAUCCCCAAGAAUUUUAACACAAUGGCAUGUGAACAGACAUUUGUGUGGGCCAGCAGGUUCAAGAAAGUUAUGUGUGCUAUGCCACAUAUCCACCAGUUCUUUUUCCUUCACAGAAUUGUAAAGUACAGGAACAAGUACACCGAGAAAUGCCAUGUUAACAGUAAAGUGCCUAUGCUUCCAAAGGUAACAAAUAUGAAAGGUCCUUGA